CCGCCAUUUUGGAAGUGAGGUGCGUAGCUGCUGGGCCACUUUAGAGGUGCUCACAGACUCUUAACUUUAGGAAAUAAUGGCUGAUAAAGCAGAUCACAAUCCUAAAAUGCUCACAAGUGAAGUGAAUCCAGUGAAUGAAGAAGUCAUGGUUCCUCUAUCAUCUACUACAGAGAAACAAACCGAAGAGCUGACAUUCAAGAACAAACAGGGAGUAGAAGUAGAAGUCAAGCCUGAGACCUCAGCUAAGGAAAAGACAGAAGGUGACUCAGAAGUUGAAAUGAUGCCUGAACUGGCAGUGGUUCCUGAUCCAUUGACAGCAGAAAAUGAGGAACUCAAUGCUGGUAUAAAACGUGAACUCAAGAAGGAAAUUCAGAACUUGGGAUAUGGAUAUCAGUAUAUCUUCCAGUUGCUUGAGGAAGUGCAGGGACCUCUGGAAAUGAAAAGAGAAGUUGUGCUACAUGCUAUCAGAGAAGCAGCAAGAUUCAAUUGCCAGGAUUUAACUGUACACCUUGAGAGUGCACUGAAAAAAAUCAACUACUAUCUCAACAGAGAUGACUCUCCAGAUACAUAAUUCUGUUUUUGACAUUGAUCAAUAAGAAGCAAGCACUAUCUGUUAUAUUUGAGAACAUGACAGGAUAAUUCAGAAGCCUUG